AUGUUAUCCGUUACAGUGCUUACGGCUGUCCUAGUUGUGGUGCUUACCACAGUAUACUUUUUAGUCCAACGCAAGAGAGUGAAGGUUCCCAUUGCGAUCGGUCAAGAGAUUGGUGUAUCCAACAAGAAACCAGUGUUUGUUCUAGCUGGUCCUUCAAAUGCUGGGAAGACUGCCCUAUUUAAUAUGUUAGUUGGGGAUGAGAUGAGAAAUACUGUGAUGUCGCAGGAGGUUAGUAAAGUGGAGAAUGUGGAUGAUGAAUUCAAUUUAUUUGAUUUCCCCGGGCAUUUCAAGCUACGUUACAAGUUAUUUGAUCAAUUGAAGAAUUUGAAGAAAGUUUCUGGUGUUGUAUUUGUGGUGGAUUCCACUGUGGACCCCAAGGAAUUGACCAAAACUGCGGAGUUUUUGCUUGAUGUUAUAUUGGUUACUGAGUCUCGGAAGGAGGAUGAAAUUGACAUCUUGAUUGCCUGUAAUAAAUCUGAGUUAUUUUCCAGUAGACCACCCUUGAAGAUCAAAGAGGCAUUGGAGAGAGAGAUUGAUAAGAUAAUAGUUAGAAAGAAGAAAUCUCUUAGCGAUGUGAAGGGGAAGGCAAGUAGUAAUGAUGAUGAUGAUGAGGAGAUGAUGAAUGACAAUGAUAAUGGUGCUAGUCUAGAAAUAUUGAAUGAAUUGGGAUCUACAAAGGCAUUCAAGUUUAGUUUAUUAGAUGGAUCUGUGGAGGCGAUCAGUGGGAGUGUAUCCAAGAAGAAUAUUGAUGGUUGGAAUCAAUGGAUCCACGAAAGAUUGUCGUCAUAG